CGUCCGCCACCCUCGGCCGUUGCCGCCACUCCAUUCAGCCGGCAAGAAUUAAGUAAGGACAGACGGCAGUAGCACAAGAAGGAAGAAGCAGCAGCAUGAGUAAUAGUAGUUUGUGGGCAACUGCAAACACAAACCCGGCGGCGGCGGUGAGAGUGAAGCGAUUGAAUUUGAACCAGAAGUACUACUACAGCAGCAGCAUUUCGUAUUCCUCCUCCUCAUCCUCCUCCUCCUUCACGGGGUGCCCCCUGCGAAUGAGAAUGGGAAAGAGGGCGCAUAUGGCUACGGCUUCUAAUUGCCUUCAUCACGAGCAGGAGGACCAUCUCCUCUCCUUGUUGCAGAUUCUUCCGCGUGAUUUGCAUGACAAUUUGCUCAAUCAACCCCAACCCAAACGAGCUCAACUCUUAGAGGUUAUAAUGGAUUUGGGUCGACUGCCCGAAGCACGCUACCUUGAUGAUCUUGGCGCCCAAUAUUUGAGGACAACUGCGGUUUCAUUGAAAGAGUUGGAGGAUGCUCAAAAUGCUGUUGGAGAUUUUGGGGGGGACAAUAGAGCUGGCAUUGCGGGUACCUUGCACAGAAUAUCAGCAAUCAGGAGUAGGAAAGGGAUGAUUGUUGGAUUAACUUGCCAAGUUGGCAGGGCUGUAUCUGGUCAUAUUGACAUGGUUUACGAUCUGCUUCAAUACAGCAAGAGCAUCUUGUUUAUCGGAAGGCCCGGGGUUGGUAAGACCACUGUUUUGCGAGAGAUUGCUCGAGUCAUGUCAGAUGAAUAUCACAAAAGAGUGGUAAUUAUUGAUACAAGCAAUGAAAUAGGAGGGGAUGGAAAUAUUCCACAUGCAGCAAUAGGACGGGCACGGAGAAUGCAGGUAACAGAACCAUCCAUGCAGCACAAAGUUAUGAUUGAGGCAGUUGAAAACCACAUGCCUGAAGUGAUCAUUGUUGAUGAGAUUGGCACGGAAUCUGAAGCUCUUGCUUGUCGCUCGAUUGCCGAGAGAGGGGUCAUUCUUAUUGCUACUGCUCAUGGGCAGAAGCUUGAGAAUAUAAUAAAGAAUCCUACUCUAACUGAUCUGGUUGGAGGAGUAGAAACUGUUACUUUAGGAGAUGGAGAAGCCAAAUCUAGAAAAUGUCAGAAAACCAUUCUUGAAAGACAAGCAUCCCCAACAUUUGAGUUCUUAAUUGAGAUGAGACAGAGGGACUAUUGGGUUACACAUCAGACAGAAAAGAGUGUAGACCUUUUGCUCCGGGGAAAAAUCCCACAGGUCGAGGUCAGGACAAGGGAUAGGGAGUUGAAGUUUGUGAUAGAAAGAUCAAAGGCAUAUGACCAGUGUGAUGCGUAAUAUGUGCUUCAUUUUCUCGAGAUCGACGACUUAUCUAUCCGUUUAGCUUCUGCGUAUCAUUGUUGGCUAGGAACAUAACACAUCAGUUGUCAUUUUCUUAGUCAAAGUCCAAAAAUAAAAUUUCUUUGCAUUGCUUUUUCA